ACCGCUCUUUAAUUCACCCUGGCAACGGCUGACAGACGCUAUGGCAACCACUUCAGAGAGAAUCUCUCGAAUCUCUUCCUGACAACUAGCUAAGCCCAGUAUUUUUAUUAUAUGUAUUAUGAUUAUGAAAAUAACAAGUGUGUAGAGCGUGUGUAAAAAAUGUCAGAACUAGCUUAUUCUGUGAAAUUAGCCUAAUUACAUGCGUUUGAAGCGGUAGCAGGAGAAAAGAAAGAGAAUGAGUCAAACUGCUACAAGAAGUGUCUCUGCUUGAUUGAGCGUCGCAUUUGUCAAUAUUCAGCAUUUGAUUUGAAUUAAGUAACAAGCGCUUCACUUCGACUAUGGGAAUGAUUUAACAACCUGUGAAGCUUUUAGACGUUUUCAGGGAUGUUUGCCAGGGAACAUAAACGUUAGUGACCGACAGCCUCUAACAUUCCCUGGUAGACUGAUAGUAGUGAAGAAACUUCACACAUGUCUGACUGGAAAAACGCUUUCGAGAGAAACCGCGUGAUCCCACCUCACAGUCAAACCGCCAGACAAGCGACAGUAUCUUCUCAAGGUCUACAGCUGGUCUUCAAACAGAUCGAUGGACUUCACAUAAAACAGUCAGAGUCGCCACCAUCACUCCAGUAUCAGCUGCGCGUGACCCUGUUUGAUUCGGGUCACCAGCACUUCUUCGGCCGCACAUGGAAGAGCGGCUCUCACUCUGUCAGUGGCACGUCAGGUCAGAGCGGUCGAGUGCUUUUCAAUGAGGUUGUUUACUUCCACACUUCCCUGUGUCUGAAGUCUGUGGUGGCAGUGGUGGAGUUGGUGUCUCUGUCUACCAGGGCAGACGGUUCCCAGGAUGCAGUGGGGUCAGGGUUCGGACUCCUCCAGCUCUUCACAGGUCGCGCAGACAAAAGCAUCACUCAGGGAGAGGGCAGGUUGAGUCUGUUCAAUGGGACCCCCAGAGCCCUCCUGCACCCAACGCUGAAAGACCCCUUGCAGUUGAAUGCUGUAUUAUCAGUGAUGGAGGGCUCUCAGCUGCUCUACUCCAUACAGCCACACCCAGCUCUCACUCCCAUCAUGCACCUCCUCCCACCAAACAUUCUAGUAUCUGGACAUGACCGCAUCCCUGGUGUGGUGUUCUCCACGGACACAGGCACAGAUGCGCUGCGGAAGCCUCGUCUGCUGAAGAGCUUCUCGUGUGUGUUGGAGGGCCUACGUGUGGCACUCUUCCCCUCCGUUGAGGUCUUCGAAUCUGACCUGCUCCAGCUGCUCAACAGAGACUGCCAGAAUACAAACAGAGGUGCGGAGGGACGCUCGGUUGUGGUGCAGGAGCGCAGGCUGCUGGUUGGGGUUCAUAACGGCUGGGGUUGGGUGGAGAAGCCUCAUGUGUUGGUGCUGGAACGUGAGGCCGGAGGGAGCGGAGCGGCCAAGGCUCGUGGAGCCAGCUCAGGCGGCAGCUUCAGGCAGACCUCCACGGACAAACUCAGUGAUGGACUGUCUCUUCGUGGCAGUGUGGAGCUGAAGAUGAUGAGGGACGUGGCUUUCAGCAUCGUCUUCCAGCUCCAGUAUGUUUUCUCUUGUCCACUGGUUGGAGAUGGGCAGAUGACAUCCACAGCUGUGCAUAGAGCAGCGUUUAUGCAGUGUGUGCGUUGGUGUGCUUGGAGUCUGUUUUCGGAUCCCGAGGGCCCCGGAGAGAAUGUGUGCCUCGACUUGCAGGGCGGUGCUCUCCCCAACCCUUGGGGUGUCAUGGUCUACUCUGCAGGCACACAGCAGACAAAUUCGGGGAAAUGUGUCAUCAAGUUCAAGUUUUCAUCUAGUGUGGAAGGAGCUUCUUGCAGCACGGCAUUAAAAGUGAGCCACCGGGAAACGUCGCCACCUAAGAAGUUACUUUCAGCAUCCCAAGAUGAACGCAUCUUGGAGCCGACGGCUUCGUCGCUGCAGUCUUCACGCGGCCCAGCGCUGUCUCUCUCUCAGCUGGUUGCGACUUCACGCUACCCGACCAUGAGCCACACGGUGGGGUCUCCAUGGCAACAACAGCUCCCCUCUCUGCUCUCUCCCUCCCUGAUGGCAUCGGCCCACCAGCUGUCACAUGUCGAGCGUCCAGUUGCCGGCAGCAUAGCUCACCUGGAGCUGAGUGUGCAAGAGAGAGAGGGAGACAGACGUGAGGAAGAGGAUGAGAUGCAGGAGCUGACCUUCACCCCAGUGCACGCCCCUGUCAUCACCCUCGGAACACACGCUGCUGGCUCCUCCAGAUCGACCUCCCGGAGAUCUUUGGCCCAGCUCUUCUCCUCUGGUUUUCCUCAGAUCCUGGACCAUCAGAACCAUGUGGCUGAGGUUUUGGAUCCUUCUGAGCCUGUCAACUUUGACCUCCAGAGAGAAGAAACAGAUCACCUGCUGGCCAACACUCUCAUUCUGCAGUUCCUGGCCUUUACCAGAGUCCCUCAAGCUGGUGUGAAUUCAGACUGGCCCAGUUCUGUCCAUUUCACCUUCCAGCUCUACCGCUUCCCCCCUGUCACCACCGAGCGUCUGAAGCUGCUUGACCCGGAGAAGAACAGCAAGCUCAAAUCCAAUCCUGAUUACCCAUGCGUCCUCUCCCUUAUCAACAAGGACGGCACACUUAGCUCUGGUUUUCCUGGUCUGCAGCUGCAGUACCGAGUUGACCCGCAGUUCCUCAAGCCAGGUGAGCGGGGGUGGUUCCUGCGAUACCUGGCGCUCCACUCCCUGCAGAUUGACGUCUGGGACAGUGAAUCCUUAAUGCUGAUUGGCUCAGCUGCAGUGGAGCUGAAGCAUAUGCUGCGUCAAGGCCGUGCGGCCGUCCAGGUGAGCCAUGAGCUGGAAGUGAUCACUACUGAGUACCUGCAGGAUGCCAACUUUGCCAGCAGGCAUGACAGCAAGCACAGCGCCACUCCAGCCAUCAGUGUCUACACUACCGUAAAAGGAAUUCUGCAUCUGCGACUUGGAAACGUUGGUGGCAGAGUGUCGAGUUCCCAGAGUUCUUUGGCUCUCACUCCAUCACUCUCCCAUGUGGUCCAGCCUAGCGAUGCCUCUCAGGGUUUUGCGGGAGGAAGUGUCCCUGCUUUAACGGUUCUCCAGCUUAACGCGAGUAAUGCCAGACGAGCCCGGCGAUUGCCAGAAAUUGACAGCGAGCUGGCCAGACUGCUACAAAGCACCAUGAGGGAAGUGGGUGGAGCCACACUGCAUCAGCAGGCCGAAGCGAACGAAGUGCGCCAGAGGAAGAUUGACAGAAUGGCAGCUGUCCGUCAACAUGAGCAACAGAAGGCCACGCCCCCUUUUCAAGACAACGCAAACAUCACGAGGCACCGGGCAGAACGUGUGCAGCAUUCCCGUGAUCUGCGUGUAAUCGAGGCUUAUCGUGAACGCUGUAAAACACAGGAGAUCACCAACAUGCUCUCUCAGGCUAUCACUACCAAACACACUCUGUAUGCCACACUCGGAACGGCUGAGUUCUUCGAAUUUGUGCUCAAGAAUCCAUUCAACGUUUCUCAGACAGUCACAAUUGAAUGUGACAACCCAGAGCUCAGUGUAAUCGUGAAGAGCGAGGAGUGGAGAUAUUUUAAGGAUUUGACGAAGACUCUGACUCCUCUAGAGGAGGAGAUGUUUCACCUAAAGGAGAGCACACUGACUCCACAGGUUUACCUGCGGCCCAAAGAAAGUGUCCACAUCCCCUUCAAGUACCAGACCUUCAUCUGUGGUCACAACUUCCCUCUUCAGGAUACAAAAAGCUUAAAGAUUUCAAGAAGUCCACAGAUGGCUCAGAAACAUCUGUCUAAUACAAUUCAAGCCAAAUCCAUCAAGGUGUUGUUCCGUGGGGAAGACAAAAAGCCUCUGGCAAUCUGCCAGGUGGAUGUUGAACCGACGCCACAUGUGGUGGACCAGACCUGUUUCUACCAUCCUGAACUCACCUUCCUAAAGAAGGCCAUUCGCCUGCCUGCAGCCUGGGACAACACAGCAGAUGGUUCUGCCACCCUUCAUGUGCGCUGCAGCGACCCCAAUGUCAUCUGCCACACCACCAGCCUGACUCCAGGAGAACCACAGGAUGUUUACCUGAAAGUACCUGGUAGCCCAAGUCCACAGAUUAGGAAAUUCUUCAUCACCAUUUUCACUGACCCUUGGCUGGCCUCCCCUGCGCAGAUCUGGCAGGUAUACGUGCAUUACCUGCAAAGGAUGGACCUGAGCUGUGUGUGUGGCACUCUGAGCUGGCAUUCGCUGGUUCUGCACGGCACACAAACUAUUCGCAGGGUCAAGUGCUACACGUCGCAUCCCCUCGAGCUUCAGGUGGAUCCAGAUGAAGUUUUUGCUCUUCCUGCUCAGGGAGUUCAAGAUAUCCGCGUAGGUCUGAGGGCUCUGCGCCCUGGAAGCCGUUUCUUUUACCUCAAUGUAAUUGAUGUGGAUACACGGCAGCUAGUUGCCUCCUGGUUGCUGUGCAUCACAUGCGGACAGCCUGUAAUCUCCAAGGCAUUUGAAAUCAGUGUUCCUGUAGACGGAGGGAAGGGCAGCAAUAAGAAAAUCAGUUUCACAAACCCCUACUCUUCCUCUAGGAUAUUCAAUCUCCGCACAGACCGCCCAGACCUACUUCAGUUUAAAGAGGAGCAAUUUCAGAUUCGGGGAGGGGAGCUCUACACCAUCGGCCUGCGCUUUGCUCCAAGUCAGAAUCCCGGCACGGAAGAGAUUCUCAUCUUCAUCAAUGACAAACAGGAUAAGAACGAGGACACUUACUGUGUUAGGGUUCAGUACAGAUAACACAACACAACACCAUCACACUUUUUUUGCCCACUAACAGAUCUUGAUCCAGUGGAUGUGGAUUCACUCACAUCAUGGCUUAUACGGUGCGAUAAGUUGAUCCAAAAAACAUGAGAUGUAUUGAAGUACAGACCAAACGUUCUCUAUAUAUAAAUGCAGACAAUGAGUAAGGUUAAUUGUAUCCAGCUCAUUGAGUAGAUGGAGUCUCUCACGUGUGCUGGAGUAAAGCCACCCUGCGGUGCUGAACGCUGAAACAGAAGAGAUUCUCUGCAGAGCUGAUGCUCAUAUCGGCGCUCUUGAUGUGUGUGUUUAUGGUUACGCUGAACCCCUGCUGUGAUGUGUCAUUAGCAGCGGAGAGCUGAUGGCCACUUGCCCAGGACUUCAGCUCUAAAUCUUCAAAAAGCAAGAUGUGUGUGUGUAAGACCAAUCAUUUUAUUUUAUUAAGUGUUAUGUUUGCACUCACUGAGGAUAGAGUGCUUAAUUUGGUGGAAGAAAAUGCAGCCAUGCUUCAUUCUUUUUUACUGUAUUUUUUUGUACUAGCAUCAAUAAAAAAAGGUACUGAUUUUUAA